AGUGUAUCGUCCAGCCUCGUGUGUCCGUGGAAUGCUCGAUAAUGAUAUCUUAAAUAUUUUCCUUAGUAGAUAUCUGAACGCUAUUUUGGAAGGAAAAAUUCUGUGCUAUGUCUUUGCCAGGGAUUCGGUUUGGGCAAGAACAACCACCACUGACAGAUUUUCUCAAAAACGUUUUGGAACGUUAUUCUGAUGGUGGGCAGAUAUUAAAGGAACUAAUUCAAAAUGCGGAUGACGCUGGUGCAAGUGAAGUUAAAAUCGUAUUUGAUGCUACGUCGUAUGGAACCACGUCUCUUUUUUCCCCCAGUUUGGCUUUAUUCCAAGGGCCGGCUCUGUACUGCUACAACAACGCCGAGUUCACGGACAAGGACUGGGAAGGACUGAAAAAUGUAAUGAGAAGCAGCAAAGAAGAUAAUCCACUGAAGGUUGGCCGCUUUGGAAUAGGAUUCAAUUCUGUGUAUCACAUCACAGACUUACCAAGUGUUGUGAGCGGCGGAAGAGUUGCAUUCCUGGACCCUCAUGAAAAAUACUUUGUUUCUGGUGAAUCUGGCCGGGCGUUUUUCACUAAAGAUGAGUCGCUCAAGGAAAAUUUUGACCAAUUUUCUCCCUUUCAACACGAAAUAUUUCACUGCAAUUUCCUGCGGGAAAACUACUAUCGUGGAACACUCUUUCGAUUUCCUUUGAGAACUGAACCAUCGAAACUGUCGAAUAAGAUUUACACCAGAGAAAUGGUCAACACUCUUUUGGAUUCUUUAAAAAAAGAAGCCAGUGCGAUUCUUCUCUUUUUGAAAAACAUUGAAUCGAUCAGUUUGUACGAGCGUGAAGAAGGAGGCGAGUUUAUCCGUCUUUACACCGUCAAAGUUUCUGAGGAGUCAAAGAUUGAAGUCAGGAAGAGAAGACGAGAAUUAAUCCAGGAUAUCACGGUGGAGUGGAAUUUUGCCGUGAAAACAAAUUUCUUUCGUUUGGAGAUCGAAAGGGAGAGUCCAGGAAAACCUCCAGAAAAGGAUGAAUGGUUCUUAGCAAAUCAAGUUGGGACGAAUGAAAAUGAGCUGAUAGAGCUGGCCAGAGAUCUAAAGUUGUUGCCCUGGAUCGGCAUCGCGUUUCUUCUUGAUGCGAACAACAACAUGUCUUCACUUGGAAGGAUAUUCUGUUUUCUUCCACUCCCCCCUGAUGGCGACUGUCGUACUGGACUGCCGGUGCAAGUGAAUGGUUACUUCGGACUAACAGACAACAGACGAGCUUUGAAAUGGCCUGGUCCUGAUUGCCAGAAUGAUGACACAGCUCGGUGGAAUGAACUUCUCUUGCGGAAUAUCGGCAGUCGGGUGUAUGCAAAUUUGAUCAUAAACAUUGCAAGAGAGAGUUCUGGCAAUGUCCAACCGAAGAAGCUUGCCGAGUUAGUGUAUACUGCUCUGCCUAACCUCAGCCGCGUCAGAUCAAAUUGGAAAUGUAUCACAGAGCCUUUAGUUAAAACAGUCUUGGCAAGAGAAAGUGAAAUAUUCCUGGCCACUCCGAAAGGAAUUUGUCGUUGGGUCAACCUUGGAACUGCAAUUAUUGAUCGCUUGGACGAAUCCAAAGAUAUGAGAGAGGAAAUUAAGCAAGUUGUUCUAAAGACGUUGUUGAAUGCUGGCCGGCCAAUUGUUUCAUUACCAGAACACGUUAUACAAAUUAUCGACCAAUAUCAUCAGAUGUCAGGUUGGAAAACCCUUCAAAAAGUUACCCCUGAACUCUUGUGUAUCGUUUUACGAUCAAAUUCUAAUAACUUUUACGACAGCGACGACAGAUUAUCCAUGCUAGAAUACGCUCUGCAGACAGUUCCUAGAAAUAUCCAUGGUCUUCGUGGCGUCCCUCUUCUGCCGUUAGAGAAUCGCCAGUUUAUAAAGUUCUCGAAGGUUUCUGAUGAGAAAAUCUACAUUCUGUCCGAGAAGGUCAGUGUCGAUCUUCUACCAAACAUGAAACAUCGUCUUCUUUAUCGUAAUCUUUCUCAACCAGUCCAGCAGAAGCUCAGCGAGGUUGCUUUUACCAAACAAACACAGUUGCACCACGCUACCAAUCAUGAUAUCAUAGAAUUACUCCGGCAAAAUCUUCCUAAAGAUUGGUCAACUAGCUCUGCCCAGCAGCUGGAGACCGUGACGUGGAAUCCAGAGAUUGAACAACAUCCUUCCUUAGCAUGGCUAAAAUUAAUGUGGAAAUGGAUCAAGAAGAAUUACCCAACUGAUUUAUGCGAAUUCAAAGAAAUGCCUUUGAUACCUGUGUCCACCAGCACUCCAACAUCUUUAGCUAGACUUCAACAGAAUUCCACUAUUAUCGCCAGGGAAUUCGAAAGCCGACGGUACCAUGAAGUCCUUUCUGGAGUCAUGUGUGAAUUCUUAAAAAGCUCGGGUUGCAUUGUAGUUGAUAAACUGCCCUCUUUUGUGAAGCAUGAAAGAAUUUUUGAUUAUGUUGCUCUACCAAAUCCGUCUGGCAUUCUCAACCUAUUUUUGAGGGCAGGAAAGAAGAUCGUUCAACAACUGCCUCAAUCAUCACGCGAAGGCAAACAAGAGCUUUGUUGCAUUCUGUCGAAAUUGGACCUGCUUGAUUCCAACCAUAAAUCUGUCAUCUCUUCGCUACCAAUCUUCGAAACAGUCGAUGGCAACGAUUUUCUUAACUGUCGCUCGAAGCAGGAUGGACCGCGAUUGGUUGCACCACGAAAUUUUGAGUUACCUGAAGGAAUGCAACUCGUUGACCGAGCAAAGAUCUUGUCCUCUUCGAAAGACGAGAACCAUCGAUUGUUGGGGAAACUUGGAAUGAAAAUAGAAAGCAUGGCUAGUUUAAUCAUGGCUCGUUUAGAAAAUUUCUUAAUAAACUCUAAAAUCAUGAAGGAAGAGAAGAACGAACUCAUGCUUUGGAUUUUGGAAGAAAUGGACAUUUUAAAUCGGGAAGAGCCGGAUUUUGUUUCGUUUAUCAGUCAAUUGGCUUGUAUUCCUACAGCUAGCGGAAAACGUGUGCCCCCAAAUCAACUGUUUGACGAUUCAGACGCUCUUCUAACGGAGUUGCUACAAGACAACCACAAGGCAUUUCCAACGGGCUUGUUUUCUGAGCCAGUACGAAGACGUAGACGAAAGCUCAAAGUUCGAGGCUGGGAAAAUCUAACCUUUAAAGACAUUUUGUUCGUUGUAAACCGAACGUCUGGGCUUUGUUUAGGUCAAGGAAAAGCUCUAUUGGAAAUUAUAAACAAGCGACCAAAGUUACUUGAAGAAAAAACUUCAGAUGGAAGGCUCUUGAAAAAUGUCCUACGCAAAGUGCCAUGGCUACCACGAGUUGUUGAUCGCCCAAUAAACUAUCCCGAUUUCAUGCCGUGGUAUGGUGGAAUGAGUUUAUGCAAGCCUGAUGGCAUGUUCCCCGACUCGAUGGCAUUUCUGGUUGGUGCGACACGACCUGUCUUUGACGAGAACUUGGUGGCAAGUGAAGUACAAAAAUUGUUAUUUGAUACGCCCGGGGCACACGAUGCACCUCCUCAAGACGUCGUUAAACAGCUUCAUGUGGCUAUUGCAUGCUGGACAAACCUAACAACAAAACAAAGAAUUCGAAUGUCCGUCGCAAAAUUUGAAGAGAUGAUUGCGGUUAUAUACGCGCAUCUUUCCACAGCACCCCAAAGUUCUGUGCAGCAUUUGUUGCAAUCCAAAGGUUUAACUCAUUGGGUAUGGCAUGGAAGUGGGUUUACAUCACCCGAGAAAGUUGCUUUCGAAUCACCAUUUCCUAAAAGCAUCAACCUUCAUCCAUACCUGUUCCUUCUUCCACAGGCGGAAAUAUCGCAAGUAGAUGACUUUUUACUAUCACUUGGAGUAAAGCCACAGUUUAAUGUUGAUGAUCUGCUGGUUAUGCUGUCAAUCAUAAAGGAAAAGCAUGAUAAUGAAGAAAAACCGCGUGAAGAUGCGAUGCAAGACUUAGAUCAAUGUCGUGCAGUGUUAGAAUGGAUUGUGACAAUCUCUGGUAAGUUAUCAGAUGAACGCCGCUCAAAUCUUCUCAUUCCAGUCCAAACAUCCUCUGGAAAGCUGCAACUGGAGCCGUGUAACAGGUGCACUUACUGUGAUCGUGAAUUCCUAAGACAAGGUGCCUCUGAAUUUGAAGCCUCCACAAACUCCUAUUUAAUUCAUAAAGCAAUUCCUGAUGACUUGGCUGUUCGUCUUCGCGUACCUCGUCUCUCGAGCUGCCUCGCAGGAGCCAAAGCAGUUGGCAUUGAAUUCAAAGAAGCUGGUCAGUACGAGCCGCUGACCACGAGAAUACGUAACAUUCUUCAGCAGUACAAAGAAGGAAUGCCGAUUUUCAAGGAAAUCAUUCAGAACGCAGAUGACGCACGUGCUUCUAAAGUGUUUUUCGUUGUUGAUUGGAGGGAAAAUCCCUGCGAACAAUUGCUAACUGAAGAACUAGCGGAAUGUCAGGGACCAGCUCUUUGGGCGUACAACGACGCCAAGUUCUCUGAGGCAGACUUUGAGAAUAUCAACAAGUUGGCUGGCGACACGAAGAAGGAAGACCUCCACAAGGUUGGUCGUUUUGGUCUUGGCUUUAACUCAGUCUACCACCUCACGGAUGUUCCGAGCUUUGUAAGUGGUGAACACUUUGUGGUUUUUGAUCCGAAUAUGACUCACAUCUCUGAAUUGAUCAAAGGCAAAAAGAGGAAAGGUGGUUUUAUGUUAAACUUGGUAGAGAGCAGCCUCGCUUUGUCUCGAUUUCCAGAUCAAUUCAUGCCUUAUCAUCAGAUGUUUGGCUUUGACAUGAAGGGAACGGAGCCUUUUCACUUCGAAGGGACAUUGUUUCGACUUCCUUUCCGUACAGCGAAACAAGCUGAAGAGAGUGAAAUAUCGAAAGACCCUUACACGCGAGAGAACGUCGAGGAUCUUAUCAAGUCGUUAAAAGAAAGUGCGUCUACUCUGUUGCUUUUUACCCAGAAUGUUAAGGAGGUCCAGGUGUUUGAAAUUCCGACGAAUUCUAACGUAAACAAGUGCUUUGAGAAACCUUUAAUGAGCGUAACAAAAUCCAUCGUGAACAUCUUGGAUACUAACGAAGCUGAUAAUCAUGGCGAGGGAACGAUCUUGGAGAAUUCAUCAACUUGGUUAAAAAAUAUCGGCGGUUCUGAAAUGGAAGUCACGUCGGAAGGACCACGUCGUACUGAAGAGUUAAGAAUGAAAGUAACCAUGGUAAAAUCAGGACUUAGUGAAUCAAAAGUUGUUGAAACAUCUGAGGAAACCUGGCUUGUGAAUUCCUGCGCUGGUGUCAGAUCUUCUCUUGAAGUUGCGCGUAGUCCAAAAGGAGAAAAGAAAGCAGUUGUCCCGCUCAGCGGGAUAGCCGCAAAGAUAGCGUAUUCAGAUGCAGGCAGUUUGAAAAUAUUACCCGUCGAAGCUGGAGAAGUAUUCUGCUUCAUGCCCCUCUCUAUCGAGUCUGGGUUUCCUGUGCAUGUCAACGGCUGUUUUUCGAUGUACUCAAAUCGUCGUCAUUUGUGGGAAAAAGCUGUGGGUGAAUCUCAAUCAAUCAAGCCAUUUGAAGUGGAGUGGAACGAGGCGUUGAUGAAAGAUUCCUUAGUUCAGGCAUAUCUUCAGCUACUGAAAGAGCUGACGAAUAAGAAUGCUGAGCAGUAUGAAUUCCACACUCUUUGGCCCAACCCAGCAAAGAUGAACUAUCCCAAAGCAUUGAAACCUUUUCUGCUUUCAUUCUUUAAAACAAUCAUCGACGAAGAAUGGCAGCUGUUUUAUUGCAAUGGAAAGUGGAAGAAGCUCGAUGAAUGUCGUAUCCUUGAUCCGGAGCUUGCCAAAGUUGAUGAAAGCGUCAUCAUCAUGAAUCAGUUGAAUGAAAAUGUUCUUUCACUUCCCCAAGACUUCAUAGAAGCAUUUAAAUCCAGCGGGAAAGAAACCUUUACCUUUAUUGAAGCUCACAUGUUGACUGAGGAUAUAUUCUUGAAAGAUUUCUUCUUUCCCAACCUUUCACGGAUAUCGAUUCAUGAUCGGAACUCAGUUCUUGUUCACAUUCUCGAUUGUCGACCAAACGAAAAAGGAGAGUAUGACGACCUUCUAUGUUCAUACCAGGGUUUCAGCUGCUCUGUGGAUGGCACGGUUCUGCGCAAACCAAAUGAGCUGGUCCAUCCAAAGGGAAACGUUGCCUGUUUGUUCUCGGAAGAAGAGAAAAGAUUCCCGUUAGAUGAUCGGUUUUUGACAAAAGAACGAGCAAUGAUGUUGGAAGAGUUAGGAAUGACAGUUGAUUUCCUUCCGUGGAGCAGUUUGUGCGAGCGAGCUGAGUGGAUUUCCAAUCAUUGUGAUGCAGCAAGAGCAAGAUUUCUUAUUCAAUACCUGAAUCAAACGCCUCCGAAAGACGAAAUAACUCCUGACGAAAUGGAGCGCCUAAGAGCUGCUCGAUUCCUUCCAAUUUUGUCCAAACCAAAAGACCUCCCAUUCCCAUGGAAGUCUGAGAAGAUUCCUGGGACCGAGUUAGCUGCUGCGAAUGAUCUCUUUCCAGAAAUACAUAAACACCUUGUUGGUUCCUCUCAACUCAUCCUGGAUGAAUCAUCUCAUCUCCAAAGUGUACCUGAUAGAAAUCUGAAGAAAAUCCUUGGGUUUGACUUAAAGCAACCACAGUUAUCCGAUGUCAUUACACAACUUGAUCAUAUCGUCCAGCUUUCCAACCUGCUCACAAGAGAAGAUAAGGAAGUGAUGUGUUCGACAAUUUAUGAGUUUUUGCAAGAAGUUGUAACUACUGAAAAUUUAACGUCACAACAAUCAUACCUUCGCGAGCAACUCAGUUCCCGAUCUUGGAUGCUUGUCGAAGGUCGAAUGGUUUAUCCAGAACACGUAGCAAGGAAUUGGAAGAAAGAAAAUGGGUCACCAUAUUUGUUUCCUUUGCCUCUUGGGUACCAAGCGAAGUUCAAAGGACUUAUAGACUGGUACGGUGUGAAAGAGAACUUCUCCCUGGGGGAGUUCACUGAAGCAAUUCACAAGCUACAACAAGACAAUGAUGGGAAGGAACUGACGGAUGAUGAAAUCCGAAACUUUAAUGUUCUUCUUGAAGAAGUGGUAUUUAAAUCACCCGAAGAAAGACCAAAAGAUCCAUUGCCUCUUCCAAGCCAGGACUGUCAGUUGCAUUAUGGAAAUGAACUUGUAAUUAACGAUACGCCUUGGCUUGAAGUGGAUGUCGCAAACGUUAAAUUUGUGCACGAGAUGGUCCCAGCAAAUUUGGUGUACAAAUGUGGUGCAAAGCAGCUCAGAAGUAAAGUCGUAGAAGAAAUCAGCAAACCAAUUGGGCAACCGCACGGACAACAUGAAAAGCUAACCAUUCGUUUGAAGAAUAUCCUGGAAACCUUUCCUGCUGACGAGGGAAUAUUGAAGGAACUUCUUAAAAACGCCGAUGAUGCAAAAGCCAGCGAAAUACAUUUUGUGUUUGACCCUAGAACCCACCAUAAUAAGCGUAUAUUCUCAGAAAACUGGAACGCUCUCCAAGGCCCUGCGAUUUGUGUCUACACCAAUAAACCUUUUUCCGAAGAGGAUAUUGAAGGUAUUAAGAAACUAGGUUUAGGAAGCAAGGUCGACGAUUUAGCUGAAAAAACUUAUGGCAUUGGAUUUAAAGCAGUUUACCAUCUUACUGAUUGUCCGUACUUUAUUUCAAACGAUGAAAUUAUUGGUGUUUCCGACCCUCAUACAGCGUAUAUUCCUGGUGCGAGCGAGGAAAAACCUGGACGGGUGUUCAGAAAUCUCGACCAGGUGUUCCGAAAGAAUUUCCAGGAUGUGCUAUCCGGUUUUCUGGGUGAUUUUUUCGUUCUCGAAGGAGGUACAAUGUUUCGUUUCCCACUUCGCCGUGAUACGAAUCUUCAUUCCGAGAUUUGCACAACUCAGUGGGAUGGAAAAAGUGUGAAGGAGCUCUUGGAUAGAUUCCGAGAAUCCGCGAAAGACAUGCUGCUGUUUCUGAGCAACAUUACGAGAAUCUCUGUUUCCGAGAUAGAGGAUGGAAAACUGAAAACUUACUUUGCCAAUUGCGAUGUCAGUGACGUAGAUAAACGGACUAAAUUAUUUGAAAAGAUCAAGGAAUACCAAAAAGUUCCAACUCCGGAAAUCCCAUUGCAAGCUAUCCAUUAUAUAACUAAAAUAUCUGAUACGAGCGGUGUAAGAAGUGAUUGGUUGGUCACACAAUACUUGGGGAGUGAGAGUAGAGAUAGAAACUAUCAAGUCCCAAACGGUAUGACAAUGGGAUUGUUACCACGUGCUGGUAUUGCCGUUCGUUUACCUACCGCUGUUUCUGACAGUACUACUACUCCCCAAUUCCGUUACUCCUUAUUUUGCAUGCUGCCACUUCAAGUUUACUUGAAGUUUCCCGUUCAAAUCAGUGGCGAUUUUGCUCUGAAUCCAUCGCGCCGUGACGUGUGGUACGAUCCUAAAAGUUCGGACGAACGUGAUGCUUGGAAUGACUUCAUGAAACGUCACGUAAUCGCUCCAGCCUAUGCCAGUGCGAUUGGUCACGCAAAGAACCACAUUCCCGGAUAUGAAAGUGAAUCUGACACUUCCGGCACGUUUUCUUCCAAGAAGGAAGCUGAGGAUGGCCUCGCAUGGUAUCAUCAGUUGUUCCCAUCUAUUGAAGAUCUUGAUGCUGCUUGGAAGCCUGUUGGAGAAGAGCUUUACAAAAACUUCCUGUCAACGUUUGCUGUUUUGCCGGUCGCUUUGUCAGUUUCAGACUCGAAGAAACCGGAAGAUGAACUGAACAAGGACACUUCUGAGUCAAGGACAGAGGAAGAUCAGACUCCUGUAAAAGUCACCUGGUGUAAAGUUAGCGAUGUAUACUUUCGCAUUUCGGGGAUGUCGCCCGAGCUCGAAAAGACGUUGCUGGAUAUUGGAUUCCAUCUUCUUUUAGAUACGCCGAGUAAAAUUGUCGAGAGUUUCAAGGCUGUUGGGUAUAAUCGAAACGUCAGCCCAGAGCAUGUUAUAUCAUUUCUUCGAAAACACGAGGAGUCCAAAGGAAAUUUACCAAGAGGAAUAAAGGAUACGUUUCUUCGCGACGUCAACACUGUUCACGAACUCACCACGUAUUGUUCUGAUGCUGAGAAUUUUUUCAAGAGUCUCGAGGGAGUUCCUUUGCUUCUUACCCAAGAUGGCAUACUUCGAUGUUUUCAAAGCAAUUCCACAGUUUUUUGUAGCAAAUUUUAUGAGCUGGUGCCUUCUAGACCGGAUCUCUUUUUAUGCGAUCUUCUCCAAACUCAUUACGAAAGCAGAACAAAUGAGUGUUCCAACGUUAUGCGAGAGUUUCUUAUACAAGAUAUUGCAAAAUUUCAAAACGUUCUCUUCCCACCAGCUUGGCUUACCAGCACUUCUGCGCAGCAGUGGAAUCCGAGCGAUGAUGACACAUUUCCAUCCAAAGAAUGGCUUGUAUUGCUCUGGGAGUUCAUCGAUACUGUCUCAAAAGGCAAAAGUGGUGAAGAUUGUCAAAGAAAAAUGAGUGAUUUCCUGAAUGAAAUCGCGGAUUGGCAUAUUAUUCCAACGACGCAUAACUGCCUCAUUCCAGUUUCUAAGAGCAAAACAGUUCUCAAUGUCAGCACUUAUCUUAACGAAGACUCGCCUCGAGACGAAAAUAUUCGAAAAUUGAUGCUGAAAAUCGGCUGCCCGCUUUUGAACGAGGAAAUUUUGAAAUCCUCCGUAUCUCCAAAUCCCACAGGGGCUACUGCAGUGCGUCGAGACCUUCUUGCGAUGGUUCAGUCAACGGAGGACGUCCUGGGUUUGCUGAGCCAGACUUUAAGCGGUGAAGAAAAGGUAUACGAAGGAACUCCACUCGAGGGUCAGGAAAUCGAGGACCUCCUCGUGUUUCUACAAAGUGGCCGGGACGGCCAAGUGGCCCGGGACGGCCAAGUGGCCCGGGACGGGUUGAACAGGCGCCUUUUACGAAAUCUUCGAUUCUACAAAACCAUCAAUGGCACUUUCACGCAGCUUUCCGAUGAACUCGAAGUCUUUGAAGUUCCAGCUGACGUUCCCCAGAAUGGUCUUCAAGUCCUUUCCACGAAAACAAAUAGUAUCUUCUUGUGCCAGGCUCACAAACUACCAGAUCUCUACCAAUACGUUGGAAUCAAACGAGUUUCCGCUGCGGAAUUCUACAAAGACAUAGUUCUCAAGAACUUCGAUCAUUUAACACCAGAGGAAAAAGAACAUCAUUUAAAGUUUGUGAGGGACCACCUUUUGCAUAUCAACCCUGAAGCCCUACUUUCCGAUUUGAAAGGUAUCUGCUUUCUUUCUAAUCAUUCAGGCCAACUUUGUCCAGCAAGAAAAUUUUACGAUCCAGAUAAUAAAGUAUUCCAACAAUUCGUACCGAAGGAGGAAUUUCCUCCAAAACCGUACGAUGCCAUAGAGUGGAAAGAAUUUUUGAAAAAAGUUGGUCUUCAGUGUGACAUCACCAAGGAACUUUUCAAGCAGUUUGCUAAACAAUUGGAGGGAGAAAGUAAAAGUAACCAUAAUCCAAGUCCAGAGGAAGCAAAAAGAAUCUUGGAAAAGUCGAACAUUCUAGUUGCGCAUCUGCUGGGAGAUAAAAGUUUGCACACAAAGCCAUUUCUCUCUCAAGUCUCAGAAAUCCAUUUUGUCCCAAGAGGCAAAGUGGAGCAGAUGUAUCUUGAUAUCCGCGCCUCAUAUACACGAUCAAUACUUACUUGUUUUAAAGGAUCCGUGACCGAAGAGCAUGUAGACCUGGUGUGGUCGAGCGCGCCUUUGAUAGCCGAAAUAGCAGUUCCGCAUCCACGAGAUCACUUGGUCGUCGAGCUCGGAAUAUUCUCCGAAGUUCCCCGCGAUCUCGUUGUCAAACAUGUCAAAAACAUCUCUGAGCUUUAUCCUUUAAAUGCUGAAAAGAAAGUUCCCUCAGAGUUGCAAGAGAUAACAAAGAAGAUCUACCGUUAUUUUAAUGAAUUAUUGAAGUCUGGUUCAAAAAAGCAAAGAGAGGAGUGUGUGUUGGCCAUUCGCAAGUUUCCAGUUAUUUUGGUCAACGAAUAUGCAUUCGUACGCGGUAACCAGCUAGCAUUCGAUGGGGUUUGGGAUGACUUGAAGCCAUACAUGUUCAAAAUCCCUCGUCAUCUUGGUGGGUUUGAGCGCCUCCUGAAAUGUCUCGGAGCUCAGGAACGUCCAACGCCACUUCAGUGUUCCUUGGUGCUGGCAACGAUUAAUGAAAGUUGUGGAGACAGGAAAAUGAGAGAAGAAAGAAGAGCAGCUGUUGGUGCUGCGAUAUGUUUGUUCAAACAAUUGAGCGAGGAUGAGAAACGCAAAGAUAAAAAUUUCAAGGAUAAAACACGUAAAGAACAAAAACACCAACAACAACAUGGAGAUUCUGUCUUGGAUAUCCCACAAUCCCUAGUAAAUGUCUCUGUUCUUUAUCUUCCAACUGAAGGUGGUGUUUUGAGGCCGUCUUGCAAGGUAUUUUUUAAUGAUACAAUGCAAACGCAAGACCGUUUGGGGGACUACCGAUUCAAGUUACUUGUUGAUUUAACCAUUAAGAAUGCGGAACCUCUCGAGAAACUGGUGAAAUUGUUGCCGGAUCGUUUGAAAGUAAAAAUGUUAAGUUCCGUAAUUGAGGAUGGUCUGAGCGAAUCGGAUUGUGAAGAUUGUAUUCAUAGGAACUGUGAUUUCAUUAAACCAUACCGGGACUUACUCUUUUCUCGAGAGCUGAGCGAUGCGAUGAUUCGUUUGUACAAAUGGCAAGAAAGAAUUGACAAAAUUCCUCCAAAAGUGAUGGAAGACCUUAGAAGCCUUGGGAGCGGCGUUGAAAUCAUCUGCAUGAAAACCAUUAAAGUACAGUUUGUCAAGAAGGAGACCGGAAAACCGGUUCCAGACAGCAAGUCAGAGGUUCCUACUUUCUGCCAGAAACGUCCUGAUGGAUAUUGCAUCCUAAUUGAACAUGGUGGAGGGAGCAAUUCUGCCUUGCUGCAUGAAAGGUUGGCUUCUUUUGUUUCUAUGAUAACCGGGCAACAUAUAAAAGAUGACCAAUGGCGCUAUCUGAUUUUUAUCAUAAUGCUUGGCUUCAAAUUCCCGAGUGAAAUCUCGAAUACGUUGGAUGUCGCUGGAAUACCUCAAAUUCGUUUUGGGCAAGCAAGCCCUGCAGUGUCCGUAACUGAACCACCGAAUAGCGACGAAGCUGAUCGAUGGAUGAGACAAGCUCAGAAAGAUUUUGAUGCAGCUACCUGCCUUUACGAAAGUGGACAUUAUUCCCCAAGUUGCUUCUUUUGCCAACAAGCUACUGAGAAAGCUUUAAAAGCCCUUAUGUUUGCAAAAGGUCGACUUAUGAGCAGCGACUUAGAAAAUCACGACGUGACUGGCUUGGCGUACCGAGCGUCAGAAAUAGAUGAAAGUCUUCGCUCCAUUCCGACGAUUGUCGAGUGUUUUCAAAGGUAUUACAUCAAAACCCGUUAUCCCGAUUAUAAAAGUGGUGUCCGCCAACAGUCCAUUCCUGCCGAAAAUUUUGAUCGGAGAAAUACUGAAGAUGCGAUGUCAAAAACUGAUCAAAUUCUGAGCCUUAUUCAAGGCGUCUUGAAUUAG